CGUCUACAAAACGGGCGGCCAUUUUGGGUGUCUCUUCCGAUUAGCUGUCACUUGGAGUUUCGCAUGAAAAAAUUCCAGGAUUUUACUUUUAGAAUAUCGGUCGUAUCGCAAAAGGAGCGUGUGGGGUGUAAUUUUAACUUUUAAUUUGUGUUUUGUUGCGUACCAGGCAGCAACAUGACGCAGCAAUUACUGCCCAUAAAGUUCCAGGAACACCUACAGCUCACAAAUGUCGGCAUCAACGUGGCGAACAUCUCCUUCGCUACCUUGACGAUGGAAAGCGACAAAUUCAUCUGCGUGAGAGAAAAGGUGGGCGAUACAUCGCAGGUGGUGAUCAUCGAUAUGGCUGAUACGGCGAAUCCAAUUAGGAGACCAAUCACGGCGGAGAGCGCCAUCAUGAAUCCGGCCAGCAAAGUGAUCGCACUUAAAGGUAAAGCAGGUGUCGAGGCACAGAAAACUUUGCAGAUUUUCAACAUCGAAAUGAAAUCGAAAAUGAAGGCACACACAAUGUCAGAAGAUGUCAUCUUUUGGAAGUGGAUUAGUCCCAAUACUCUGGCUCUAGUCACUGAGACUUCAGUCUAUCAUUGGUCUAUGGAAGGAGACUCUAUUCCACAAAAGAUGUUUGAUCGCCACUCGUCUCUGAACGGCUGCCAGAUAAUAAACUACCGUACCGAUCCCAAGCAGAAUUGGUUGCUGUUGGUGGGUAUAAGUGCUCAGCAAUCUCGAGUUGUGGGCGCCAUGCAGCUGUACUCCGUUGAGAGAAAGUGUUCGCAGCCGAUUGAAGGUCAUGCCGCUUCUUUCGCUUCCUUCAAAAUGGAGGGUAAUGCGGAACCUUCGACUUUGUUCUGUUUUGCGGUCCGCACCCUGCAGGGUGGCAAGUUGCACAUUAUUGAGGUGGGCCAAAGUCCUCCGGGCAAUCAACCUUUUCCCAAGAAAACCGUGGACGUCUUCUUUCCCCCAGAGGCCCAGAACGACUUCCCUGUGGCGAUGCAAGUCUCUUCCAAAUACGAUGUUAUAUAUUUGAUCACAAAGUAUGGUUACAUUCACAUGUAUGACAUUGAAAGUGCUAUCUGCAUCUACAUGAACAGAAUUUCCAGCGACACUAUUUUCGUGACAGCGCCACACGAGGCAACGGGAGGCAUUAUUGGUGUGAACAGAAGAGGUCAAGUACUGUCAGUAUCAGUAGAUGAAGAGAGUAUUAUUAGAUACAUAAAUACGGUUCUACACAAUUCGGAUUUGGCACUGAGAUUGGCGACAAGAAACAAUUUGUCAGGUGCCGAGGAGCUGUUUGUCAGCAAAUUCCAAAUGCUUUUCCAGAACGGGCAGUAUGCCGAGGCAGCUAAAGUCGCCGCAAAUGCUCCAAAAGGAAUAUUGAGAACACCUCAGACAAUCCAAAUGUUCCAACAAGUGCCAACACAAGCUGGCCAGAACAGCCCCUUAUUACAGUAUUUUGGUAUUCUGUUAGAUCAAGGACAGCUAAACAGAUAUGAAUCAUUGGAAUUAUGUAAGCCAGUUUUACUGCAAGGAAGAAAACAACUUUUAGAAAAAUGGUUGAAAGAAGAUAAAUUGGAAUGUUCCGAAGAAUUGGGUGAUCUUGUUAAACAAGGAGAUCCUACUGUAGCUCUUUCUAUUUAUCUUAGAGCAAAUGUUCCUGCUAAAGUGAUCCAAUGCUUCGCUGAAACCGGCCAAUUCCAGAAGAUCGUUCUCUACGCUAAAAAGGUCAACUACACUCCGGACUACAUAUUUCUGUUGCGUCAGGUGAUGCGCACCAACCCCGAUCAAGGUGCAGCUUUUGCCGCCAUGUUGGUAGCAGAUGACGAACCACUAGCUGACAUCAAUCAGAUCGUGGAUAUUUUCAUGGAGCAGAACAUGGUACAACAGUGCACUGCUUUCUUGUUAGAUGCGUUGAAGAAUAAUAGGCCAACAGAGGGUCAUCUGCAGACCAGAUUAUUGGAGAUGAACCUAAUGUCCGCCCCACAAGUAGCUGACGCUAUCCUAGGCAACAACAUGUUCACGCACUACGACCGCGCGCACAUCGCGCAACUGUGUGAGAAAGCCGGCUUGUUGCAACGCGCAUUAGAACACUACACUGAUCUCUACGAUAUCAAGAGGGCUGUGGUGCAUACUCAUUUACUGCCCGCUGAUUGGCUGGUUAACUUCUUCGGUACUCUCAGCGUAGAGGAUAGCUUGGAGUGCUUGAGAGCCAUGUUGACUGCGAAUAUAAGACAGAACCUGCAGAUUUGCGUGCAGAUCGCUACCAAAUAUCACGAGCAGUUGACUACUAAGGCGCUGAUAGAUCUGUUCGAGAGUUUCAAGAGCUAUGAAGGACUCUUCUACUUUUUGGGCUCGAUCGUGAACUUCUCCCAAGACCCAGAUGUCCACUUUAAGUACAUUCAAGCAGCUUGCAAGACCGGCCAGAUCAAAGAGGUCGAACGCAUUUGUAGAGAAUCGAACUGUUACAAUCCGGAACGCGUAAAGAAUUUCCUGAAAGAAGCUAAAUUGACAGAUCAGCUUCCGCUUAUAAUCGUGUGUGACAGAUUCGAUUUCGUUCAUGAUUUAGUGCUAUACUUGUACAGAAACUCGUUGCAGAAGUAUAUUGAAAUCUACGUGCAAAAGGUCAACCCCAGCAGACUGCCUGUUGUCGUUGGUGGUCUUCUAGACGUGGACUGUUCAGAAGAUAUAAUAAAGAACUUGAUCCUUGUGGUCAGAGGUCAGUUCUCAACCGAUGAACUUGUAGAGGAAGUCGAGAAAAGAAACCGACUGAAACUGCUUUUGCCUUGGUUGGAGAGUAGGGUGCAUGAGGGCUGUGUUGAACCUGCUACCCAUAAUGCGUUGGCCAAAAUUUACAUCGAUUCUAACAACAAUGCUGAACGCUUUUUGAAAGAAAACCAAUGGUACGAUUCACGUGUAGUAGGUCGUUAUUGUGAGAAGCGCGACCCGCAUUUGGCUUGCGUGGCGUACGAAAGAGGCCAAUGUGACAGAGAGUUGAUUGCAGUGUGCAAUGAAAAUUCGCUGUUCAAAUCGGAAGCUCGGUAUUUGGUGCGCAGGCGAGAUCCAGAACUUUGGGCUGAGGUCCUCCAGGAGUCAAACCCAUACAGACGUCAACUGAUAGACCAAGUAGUGCAAACAGCCCUAAGUGAGACCCAAGAUCCAGAAGAUAUUUCUGUAACUGUAAAAGCUUUCAUGACAGCAGAUCUGCCAAACGAACUGAUUGAAUUGCUGGAGAAAAUAAUGCUAGACAAUACAGUAUUUUCUGACCAUAGGAAUUUGCAGAACCUGCUUAUUUUGACAGCAAUCAAGGCUGACGCUAGCAGGGUAAUGGACUACAUUAACCGUUUGGACAAUUAUGACGCUCCAGAUAUUGCAAACAUUGCUAUUAACAACCACCUCUAUGAAGAAGCUUUUGCGAUUUUCAAAAAGUUUGAUGUCAACACGUCAGCUAUCCAGGUGCUUAUCGAACAAGUCGGUAACUUGGAUCGAGCCUACGAAUUUGCGGAACGCUGCAAUGAGCCAGCUGUGUGGUCUCAGCUAGCAAAGGCGCAGCUUAAUCAGGGCAUGGUAAAAGAGGCCAUCGACUCUUACAUCAAAGCGGACGAUCCAACUGCAUAUAUGGAAGUUGUAGAGACUGCUUCUAAAGCUGGAAGUUGGGAGGAUCUUGUUAGAUAUCUACAAAUGGCCAGAAAGAAGACCAGGGAGAGUUACAUUGAAUCUGAGUUGAUCUACGCUUAUGCAAAGACAGGUCGCCUGGCUGAUUUGGAAGAAUUUAUCAGCGGACCGAACCAUGCAGACAUCCAGAAAAUUGGUGACAGAUGCUUUGAUGACAAGAUGUAUGAUGCAGCAAAACUGCUGUACAACAAUGUCAGUAACUUUGCUAGACUAGCCAUUACUUUGGUUCACCUGAAAGAGUUCCAAGGUGCAGUAGACAGCGCUAGAAAGGCUAACAGCACACGAACAUGGAAAGAGGUAUGCUUCGCUUGCGUGGAUGCAGAAGAGUUCAGAUUGGCUCAGAUGUGUGGAAUGCACAUUGUAGUACAUGCUGAUGAGCUACAAGACCUUAUCAACUACUAUCAAGAUAGAGGAUAUUUCGAGGAAUUGAUUAGUCUGCUAGAAGCUGCUCUUGGAUUGGAAAGAGCUCACAUGGGCAUGUUUACUGAGUUGGCGAUAUUAUACUCAAAAUAUAAACCAGCAAAGAUGAGGGAACAUCUUGAAUUGUUCUGGUCUAGAGUCAAUAUACCUAAAGUGCUGAGAGCCGCAGAACAGGCUCACUUAUGGGCAGAACUAGUAUUUCUGUACGACAAGUACGAGGAAUAUGACAAUGCUGUCUUGGCGAUGAUGGCACAUCCAACAGAGGCGUGGCGUGAAGGUCAUUUCAAGGACAUCAUCACGAAGGUUGCAAACAUCGAAUUGUAUUACAAGGCCAUCCAGUUUUAUCUCGACUUCAAACCACUGUUACUGAAUGAUCUACUCUUGGUGCUGGCGCCUAGAAUGGAUCACACAAGGGCAGUUCAGUUUUUCACGAAAACAGGGCAUUUACAACUAGUCAAGCCGUACCUGCGUUCUGUACAGAAUUUGAACAACAAAGCCAUCAAUGAAGCACUGAACUCGUUGCUUAUUGAGGAAGAAGAUUUCCAGGGUUUGAGAACGUCAAUCGAUGCGUUCGAUAACUUCGACAACAUCGGUUUGGCGCAGCGGCUGGAGAAGCACGAGCUGACCGAGUUCCGCAGGAUCGCAGCCUAUCUGUACAAAGGCAACAACAGGUGGAAGCAGAGCGUAGAAUUGUGCAAGAAAGACAGGUUGUUCAGAGACGCGAUGGAGUAUACGGCGGAGUCGAGGAAUCAAGAGUUGGCGGAGGAGUUGCUCGCGUGGUUCUUGGAGAGAAACGCGUACGAUUGCUUUGCUGCUUGUUUGUAUCAGUGCUAUGACCUGUUGAGGCCAGACGUGAUCUUAGAGCUAUCAUGGAAACACAAUAUAACAGACUUUGCGAUGCCAUAUUUCAUCCAAGUCACAAGGGAAUUGACCACCAAAGUGGAGAAACUAGAACUGGCUGAUGCGCAACGUCAAAGUGAAGCCGCCGAAGAACCCAAGCCUAUGAUGAUACCAGAACCACAGCUAAUGCUUACAGCAGGACCUGGAAUGGGUAUUCCUCCCCAGCAGUACGUACCUCCCCAGGCGUAUCCUCAAACCGCUUACGCCCCCCAGAUGCCGUACCAGGCGUAUCCUGGCAUGUAAUAUAAGGCCCCUGAUCUAGCCGGGUGGUCUACCGGCACACUGAAAUUCUAAGCAACCUUCCACCAGCUGGUGACUUUCGGGCGAUAUAGUGAUGUCUCUUAAGUACAAUUUUCAAAUAUAGAUGUGCGGCAUGUGAACUUUGUGAGAGUUUGCUGCGCCUCACCAUCAGUACUUCGGUUGGUAGCGCGGGUCUAUUACAAAAGUAAAACCUUGGGCAUAAGUCGUCCAUCGCUUUCAAAUACGUUAUUAUUGGAUUACAUGCAUUGAAAGGGAUCAGCAAUUUAGGUAUGUCAAGUUUGAGUACAUGAUGAACAUAUUCUUUUUCUAUGAUCUGUAAAAUUGUUAGAGCCAUGUGACACAACAUGAAAUUUGAUAUGAAAUUCCACGUGGAAUGUGGGAAACUUGAAAUAAUGUAUGAUGCUGGGUUGCCAAUUGCUCAGCCAGUUGUUAUACAUAUUAUAUUACACAUAACAUCGCUUAUUGCUUUUUUGUCAGGUAUAUUUUUUUCGUGUCAAGAAUUCCACAUGUAAUUUCAUAGUGUGUCGUAGCGUCCUUACUGCUGAUUUUCAUUUAAAUGACAUGUUUAGCGUAUGGCAUUAUGUCAGGUAGAACAAAAUUGCCGUUCUCUGUCAAAGUUUCUUAAACUUUCAACUGUUUUAAAAAUACUGGACUGGAUUAAUAAUACGGCAAAGGUCUCCUUUAACUUUCAAUCGUGGUUUGAACAAAUAUUUAUCAAAAACCAACACAUGUUAUGUGGUGUAUACAGAACCCCUUAACGGAAAAAGGGAAAUUUUUAGCAAGGUAUUUUACACUUAAUUUUGUUUAGAGGGUACAGUGAGAUUCGUGCUACUGAUAGACAAAUGAUCUUAGAAGAACCUAGCAAAUUACAAGCAACGUAUUCCAUUUGCCCGUAAUGGAAAACCAUUGCUCGUGAUCGAUAUUUUGCUAUAUCUGUCUGGAAAUUUAAGUAGAUGUGCAUGAUAUAUGAAAUGGAUACAUGUAAAUUUUUACUCAAGUCUACGUGAGUAUGUAGAAAUAAUAAUUUUCAAGACUUGUUUUUUGCCUGUUCAUGAAUAUCACGUAAAGCACUAUAUAUGAAAAAAUACAAUGCUUCUAUGAGAUAGCAUCUAUAGUUUUUAUUUAGCAUAUAUUAUGAAUAUGCUUAAAAUUUCUAAACUAUUUAUAAUCUGAGUUCUUAAAAAACUAAACCCGCACCUUAUUACAUAACAGGAAGAUGAUGGCGACGGCGAUUGCCAGACGCAAAGUGACGCUCGUGAUCGCCUUCUAUUCUACUACGUGCUGGCUAUCAUUCACAGGUGCCACUAAUAGAGUCCACUUAUAGCUUCUAUGGCCUGAGCUGUUAAUUCGGUACUAAAGUGGACUCGUCUUUGGGGAAUCGACAAAUUAUGCAAAGUGUACGCUCUUAACUUACAACUCAAGCUUUCGACAGUGUAUGCUGUCAUCAUCAGGAGUGUGUCAGUGAGAUUGGUACUAAAAAAGCUGGAUUUAUGAGGAACUUUUUGCAGUGUGCAGUAGUGCACUUCCUCCAUAAGUCACGUUCACCGCGAGCAGACGUGGCGUCAGAUACGACUAGCCAGUACCCGAAGUGAAUUAUGGCGAUCAGAUCCCCAUCAUAACGAUUAUUUUACAUAAUACAAAGUAUCAGAAAUGAAUGAAAAUUACUUCCCAUUUUAAAGUCGUUGCCUUAAAUAAUAAGUUGUACAUGGAAUCAGAACUUUGCUUGCAGCACCUUUGCCAUGCUUUACUAUUAAACUUGAAGUUUUUGGUGUACCAUUCGACACUAUUUUUUGAUGGCAAAAUUGGAGUGCUUCUAGGACAUCUGACAGAUUACAAACUUUCAUUUGCUAACACUGUUCUUGCUCAUGUUCUCAUAUACAUCUUUAGUUGAACUGAUUACUAUUUUUAGCUUCAUUUCAUUAUAUUAGUAUUGUUUAAUGGGGUUUUAAUAAGGUUCCCCCCUUUGCCCCAAUUGGAUAAAUUAUGUUUGUGAACCUUAGGAGUACUGCCAGAUAAAAUGUAGUUUUCCAAAACUUUUGCAAACUAUUGAGAAAUAUAACCUGCCAUAUUAUAGCAGGAGAUCGGUUACGGUUAUUGUAAGUUUUUUGAAUCAGUCCUUAAAAUACCCUCCAAAUGCGUUCCUAGAGACGAACUACUUUCUGAUUGUGACUUAUCGGCUGCAAAAAACUUGUCUGGACUCAAAUGCUAGACUUUGAAUUAGUCGUUCAAUGGCCUUCGUAGUGACUGACUGACCUCUCAUUCGGACUUGUUUUGAAAAUGUCCUUGUUAUGACCUUGAAGUGAUUUUCAAAGGCUCUCACAAAUACAAACUAAUCCCAGACUUAAAAUCAGCGGCUCAAAGGACCCUGUUUUUCUGAAAAUCAUAUAAGUGCCAUAAAAGUUGUAUUUUGACAGCUUUUCGGUGACUAAGUGUCAGUCUAUAGGAUGUGUCUAAAAGUUUUAGUGUGCCAGUGAUGGAACUGUUAUCUUUUGAAAUCGACAAAUUAAUAUGUUUUAAGCCGCAAGGAGCAAAUGAAAAAUGAUACUGCCAAUGAAAGGCCAAGACAACUAGAAAAUGUUAGCUUCUCAAAAGUUUACAUGUAUCUCAUACGAUGCUAGCAAAAUGUUGUAAUUCUGUUUCAGAAUUGCCUAAAUGUAGCUAAUUGAACACGGGAAAAUUGAACGUGAAUAUGUUUAAAUAUAUAUAUUGUUUUGUCUGUAAGCGUACAGUUUUGUUGUUUGACAUUAUUAAUCAUAGCAUAGCUAUCACAGAAAAUGUACAUAAUAGUUACUAUUUCACUUGUAUGGAUUGUAUAUAAUCUGAAAUUGUUCUGAGAUAUAACCCUAUCCCUCCCUUAGUAGCUUUUUUGUUAGUUAACUUUAUCAUUCCCUUUAUUUAUACUUAUAUAAUAUGUAUAUGCAAGAUGUUUAUUAGAUUAUAUUAAAAAGUUCGCCAAAGUUUUUACUCGUCUUUUUUACAUUUCGUUGGUAAUUACAAAUUAUUUUUUUAUUGAGUUAUUUAAGUGAUUCAUUGGUGAACUUUCUGAUUAUAUGUUUUACUAAAUUAGCUAUCUUUUUCUAUGAUAAGAACAGCAAAUAUAAUGAUUUCUUUAAGCAUAA